AUGUUGCAACCACGGAUAUGUCGUCCGUCGCGGACAAUCGAAUACUCACUUGGCUUGCUUACUACAUCGUUGGCAGCAUGGACAUGCACAUCUACCAUACCAACCGCCACUUUCAUUCGACAUGCCUCCCACGCAACUCAGGGUCGAGCAAAUGGUCCUAAAGAUAGUGCUGGUAGAAGGUUGGGAGCAAAGAAGACGGACUCGGAAUACGUGGUACCCGGAAACAUCAUCUUCAAGCAGAGAGGCACGAAAUGGUUCCCGGGCGAGAACGUUGGUAUAGGCAAGGAUCACACUAUUUACGCUACAGUCGCUGGCUAUGUUCGCUAUUAUCAAGAUCCCCUUCGCCAUCCGAAACGUCGUUUCAUCGGAGUCGCGCUUGAACGCGAUGGGCCUGGCUCUGUCCUGCCCACCCCUCCGAACGCAGCAACACGACGGAGACUGGGGAUGUAUGUUGCGCCAAUAUCACACCCUCCCGGUGCAGACGCUGCUCUAUGGUUAGAAAGCCAUCUUAGCGUGAACAGCAAGACCGCGACAUCCACAAAUCAACCCUCAGGAAUUGGCGGAAUGGGCUUAAGUGUACCGCCUCCACCAGUAUCAGCAAGGCCAAAGUACGCUCAGAACUGGGAAAGUAAUUGGAGUAUUGGACGGACAGCGGAGCGGAAAGGGAUCACAGUAAGGGAAUUUGAUCCAAAGGAUAGAUGGUUAGCGUGGAGAAAGAGGAGUCAGAAGAAGAAGAGGAAGGCAAAAUUGAGGUCGGUCAGGGCGAGUCGAAAAGGCAAAGGUAACAAGAAGAAGGGCCCUCUGAAAGUAGCGCCGGUCGUGAGAUGA